AUGGCAACCACAGUGGAGUCGUCGUCGUCGCCGCUGCAUCUGAUCCUCCUUGCGAACGCGUUGAUCAGAUGCGGAGCAUAUGCACUAGCUCAGGGAACGAGAGUGCAGCAGGAGAACUUUGGCUAUGUGCUGCAGAUCUACGAUCCAAAGUUCCUGGCGGCCGGUUCCUUGUUCAGUGCCCGUUACAUUUUGACGGUGGCUCACUGUUUUCGCAGUAACACCAAGCCGGAGGAGCUGACAGUGCGAGCGGGUUCCGAGUGGAUAUCGAGGGAGUUUAGGGGCAAGCCAGUGGCGGGAUUGCAGCGCCAUCCGAAAUUCUCGCCCCUAACGCUGCGCAACGAUAUUGCCGUGCUGCGGGUCAAAGUGGCCAUUGGAUAUUCGCGUCGCAUCAACUAUAUAGCUCUCUGUUCGGCGCCCUUGAGACGCGAUAAGGGCGCCAAUCGUUUGACGAUCGCCGGUUGGAAUCUGGUGAAUAUCAGCCAGCCGCUAAAAUCGCUUGAAGUCAGCGUGGAGAUGGAGAAAAACUGCCGCCUUUGGUUUCCCCAGCUGCCGGGCGGCGUGUCCUGCGCCUCGUUUGCUGCGGGAAACGGCGAUGGUUUAUGCUAUGGCGACUCCGGGGAUCCCCUGAUCACCGCCGGCGGUGGUGAAAUCUGUGGCCUGGCAAUUGCCUUUCGGAGAUGUGGCGACAAGCGAUAUCCCGCCCUCUUCACCGAUGUCCACUACCAUCGGCAAUUCAUCGCCCAAGCCGUACUCACAUUGGACAGGGAAAUGUUGAAGAGGCCAAGGGGUUGAACUCUCUUUAUACGUGAUCCAUUAUGGUUUAAAAAACUCACCUGCAAGGAAACAGACAGAGGAAAAUUC